GCCAUUACACACAUCUCAAACAAAUUAAACGAUUAGAAUGACCAGACACGAAAUUAAACUUGAUAAACACCAGCGGCCAUUUUAAAAAAAUCAAGUUCAAGUGAUUUUCGAGUUUUUGAAUGAAUGUUCUCACCAUCAACGGACUCCUCGACAAAUUAGAAGCAAUGGAUCUGGGUAAAGACAGUGCUUUGUUCCUUGAAAACGAACGCAACAAAUCAGGGUCAAAUUCACGAAGAGCCAGUAAUGAAAGUCAGCUGAGUUUGAAUGUGCCCAUGGAGAGGGAACCCACACCCAUCAUAUCACCACAACCCAUGUUGACAACCAUUUCGGGUACACUUACAUCAAGUCUGACCCAAGCGGGUGCUGCCCUGAGUAAUUUGAGUUUCGCCGCGUUGAAAUCCCGUGGGUCCAAUGCCCAACCCCCGAGGAAGUCGGGGAAUGACACCAUGUUGAAUGGGAUUGAUGAGGGGGUAUACCAGGAGAAGACCCGAAGACCCUCGGGGCAAUUAAACAUUGAGAAACCAUGUUCUGGGAGGAAGGUUCUAAGACCUAGUUCGAAACAGUAUAGAGGUGAUGCGUUUGGGCCUCAAUUGAGUACGGAGACCCUUCCGACCCUACCUGGGACACCUUUACCUUCUCUGGUCCAGGAUUCUGAGGAGUUGGAUUAUACGGAUUUGCAACCCUCGCCGCCCGAGUCCCCGGGGUUCAAAACCGAGCCCCCAGAUCCAGAUAGUCUGUACUUUCGUGAUGGGCGUAGACAAAUCGACAUGAUCAUGGUCUACGAAGAAGAAGAGCUUGGAGUGAUGACAGAAGCAGAGGCCCGGAAGCGUGACAACCGGCGUAUUUUCCAAGAAAACCUUCAAAAAGAAGGUUUGGAGUUAGAAACAGAACAUAAGGACAUGUCCUAUGAUGGUAAGACAUGGUUCGUCAAAGUCCACCUACCAUGGAAGACCAAAACCAGAUACGCAUCCUUAAUGGGGGUUAAAUUCCCCAUAAAAAGGUUCAUCACUAUUUCUGUGAAGGCCUGGGACGACGAACAGAAUAUGGUCAAAGACCAAUCUAUGUAUGCAAAAUGGCGGCGUAAAUGGAAGCGAUUCUAUGAGUAUAACCAUGAUGUGAUAGAAAAAGAACCAUCUUUCUAUGAUGCAACUGAAGGAGGUGACCCUGAAGAGCAGUUCAUCGUCAAGGACCGUUUGACCACAUUUAGUAGCGCCCAGAGGAGUAUGAUGGUCAUGCAGAUACUCCUAAGGGUCAAAUUUGAUGAUACUGAUAAGGUUGGAAUUAGAAGACUUUUGAAUGAUAAAACCUACACAGCUUGUUUUCCCCUCCAUGAAGGUUCCUACGACCGUGAAGAAAGUGAUGGUACCAUUUUAGACCGCAGGUUACUAUACCUAGAAUGGGCCCGACCAGCAAAAUGGUACAAACGUCAACCACUCCGCUUAGUCCGGAAGUACUUCGGAGACAAAAUAGGGUUAUACUUUUGUUGGUUAGGGUUCUACACGAAGAUGUUGUACGCACCUGCAAUUGUCGGCACGUUGUGCUUCCUCUACGGCCUGUCAACCAUGGAAAGUGAAGACAACAUCCCCAGUAAAGAAAUCUGCGACCCAAAUGGACCCGGAAACAUAACCCUCUGCCCUCUGUGUGAUAAAGCCUGCCGAUACCAGAAACUCAUCGACAGUUGUAAAUUCGCAAGGUUAACCUAUCUUUUUGAUAAUCCCGCAACGGUCUUCUUCGCUAUCUUCAUGAGUUUAUGGGCCACUUUGUUUCUGGAGCUCUGGCGUCGGAAACAGAGUGUUAUCCAAUGGGAAUGGGACCUUCAGGGGAUAGAAGAGGAUGAGGAACCACGUCCGGAGUUCGAGACCAGUGUGAAGACCUUCCGGACCAAUCCUGUGACCAGGGAGAAGGAACCCUAUUUACCCACUUGGUCUAAAAGUUUGAGAUUGAUAGCCACAGGGUCCGCGGUGUUUUUCAUGGUUAUUGUGGUUAUGGGAGCUGUUCUGGGGACUAUUAUUUAUAGGUUAUCAUUGGUUUCGAUUAUCUAUGGGGGAGGUGGGGCUUUUUUGAAGAAACACGCCAAGAUCUUCACUUCUAUAUCAGCUGCCACUAUCAAUUUGAUCAUCAUUAUGUGUUUGACCAGGUUUUAUCAUAAUAUUGCUAUCUCCUUGACCAAUAUGGAGAACCCUCGGACGCAGACAGAAUAUGAAGACUCUUAUACCUUCAAAAUCUUCGUUUUUGAAUUCAUGAAUUUUUAUUCUUCAUUGAUUUAUAUUGCGUUUUUCAAAGGGAGGUUCUUUGACCAUCCUGGGGAUAUUAUUAGCAGGAAAUCUGAGUUUUUGAAGGUCAAAGGAGAUGUGUGUGACCCUGCUGGGUGUUUGAGUGAAUUGUGUAUCCAACUUGCUAUUAUCAUGAUAGGGAAGCAGGUGUUCAACAAUUGUUUGGAAUUGUUUAACCCUUGCUUCCAUAACUGGUGGAGAUGGAGAUCCCAUCGGAGUAAUACCAAAGACCUUAAUAGGAAGGAUACCAGGUGGGAGGAGGAUUACCACCUGCAGGAUGCGGGUAGACUUGCGCUGUUUGAUGAAUAUUUAGAAAUGAUAUUGCAAUAUGGGUUUGUGACCUUGUUUGUCGCGGCUUUCCCCUUGGCACCCUUGUGUGCUUUGUUGAAUAAUAUUGCAGAGAUACGUCUGGAUGCUUACAAGAUGGUAACCCAAGCAAGGAGACCACUGCCCGAACGUGUUGAGGAUAUUGGUGCAUGGUAUGGGAUUCUGAGGGUCAUCACUUAUGCUGCUGUGGUGUCUAAUGCGUUUGUGAUAGCUUAUACUAGUGACUUCAUACCACGUAUGGUCUACAAAUACAAGUAUUCUGAGAAUGAGGACCUUGUUGGUUAUAUAGAUGCGUCACUAUCAUUGUUUAACACUUCACAUUAUGAACCUGGGAUGGGUUCUGAUGAAGAAAAAGACAAUUAUGAAACGUGCCAAUAUCGCGGGUAUCGUAAUGGUCCUGAAUUCCCACCUGAAGACCGUUAUGGUCUUAGUCCUCAGUAUUGGCACGUGUUUGCUGCACGUUUAGCAUUCGUUGUUGUUUUCGAGCACAUUGUGUUUGCCCUAACUGGUAUCAUGCAGUAUGUCAUACCUGAUGUCCCCAGCGAGUUGAAAACCCAAAUGCAACGUGAAGCCCUACUGGCCAAGGAAGCUAAAUAUGAACACGGGUUGAAAAAACAGGAUUUCGACUAUGAGGAACUCAUGAACUACACCAGGGAAGGUGGUAAUAGUGUAAUGCAGAACUCAAAAACACCUGGUAUGAGAGGCUCCUGGGCAAGAAGGCUUAGCAAAAUGUCAGAUGGGUUGGAUGCGCAUGUGGAAGUAACAACCAAGAAACGCAACUCGAUCAAUUCCACUGUCUGGGAGGUCACGUAACAGCCCUAUGACCAACUUAAACAAUAUAAUAUUUAAGGGUACCACUAAUAUUCACCUAUUACCUAUCUAUAUACAUGUUCUAUAAAAUAUUUUCAAAUAAGAGUUGGAGUUGACCACUGGUAUCAAUAAAAGGUUGAUUUGA